AUGGGGGAUGAGCCCCAGAAUGACGUGGCAUCCUGGCUGGUGUUUGCUAUAUUGCUCUCGGGGCUGCUGGCCUUUGACGUCUUCUACCAGUCGCCCCGGCAAAUCGGGCGACUGCCCAUCAACACGGCGGCCAAGAUGACCAGCUUCUGGUUCGGCAUGGGUUUGAGCUUCAACCUCUUUAUCCUGACCCACCUGGGCUGGGAGGCGAGCUCUGGCUUCAUGCAGGGCUUCAUCCUGGAGUACAUGCUCAGCUUCGACAACCUCUUUGUCUUCCACCUGGUUUUCUCUUACUACUGCACUCCAGAAGCCUUGGUCUACCGGGCCCUCUACUUCGGCAUUGCAGGCGCCAUCGUGCUCCGCAUAUGCUUCAUCUCCUUGGGCUACUCGCUGAUGAACACCGGCGUGUACCUCGUGAAGUUUGCCUUCGGGGCUGUGCUUGUGUACAGCGGCAUCAAGACAGCCCAGGAUGAGGAGGAGGACCCGGACCCGGGCAAGAACCAGUUCGUGGCGAUCGUGAUGAAGGUUCUUCCCAUCAGUGACCAUUACGACCCGCAGGGGCACUUCUUCAUUGACAUCGAGGAGCAUCAUUUACCGCAAGUGGACGCCAGAGAUCGCGCCGCCUCCAUGGAAGGCCUGCUGAGUACUUUGUCCGUGGACUCGGAGUCUGUACUUCCGCGCCUGGAGUCCUUCGAGGGCAGCAGCCUGCUGAACCCCCGGGCCGCGCAAGCGCAGAGCAACCUGGACACGCCCCGCACGGACCUCCGCGCGCCCAAGCGGCAGAAAGCCACGCUGCUGCUGCUGGUGGUUAUUGCCCUCUGGGCGGUGGAUUUGGUCUUCGCACUGGACUCUGUCGCAUCGAAGCUGGCUUCGGUGAACGACAUCUUCCUGAACGUGUCAUCUUCCGCAUUUGCGAUGAUGGGUUUGAGAUCCUUGUACUUUGUCAUGGAGAGUUUAGUGCAAACCUUCCACAUGCUCAAGUACGGCAUUUCUGCAGUGCUGGUGCUGAUCGGCCUGAAGAUGUUCUUUUCCGUUUGGUUCGAGAUCUCUAAUAGCGUCACCUUCGUCCUCAUGCUCUUGAUCUGCGCCUUGAGUGCAGCGUCCUCAUACUGGCUGCCCUCCGUGCGUGAUAGCUGCCGGGGACAAGAGGAGGACGAGACGCUGGAGACGCCCUCGCCGGAAGGCGUGACACUCACCCUGGCGCCUCAGGAGGACUUGGAGCCGAUGACUCCCUCCAGGCCUGUCCCGCUUCCAGUGGACUUUGACAAGGACUGA